CGCAUGGCGGCGGUUCCGCUCGGCCCCGCGGCGGCACCGGCGGUACCGGCACCAUGAACUACAUGCCGGGUACGGCCAGUCUCAUCCAGGACAUCGACAAGAAGCACCUGGUGCUGCUGCGCGACGGGCGGACGCUCAUCGGCUUCCUGCGCAGCAUCGACCAGUUCGCCAACCUGGUGCUGCACCAGACCGUGGAGCGCAUCCACGUGGGCGCCAAGUACGGGGACAUCCCGCGCGGCAUCUUCGUGGUGCGCGGCGAGAACGUCGUCCUGCUCGGAGAGAUCGACCUGGAGAAGGAGAGCGACACGCCGCUGCAGCAGGUCUCCAUCGAGGAGAUCCUGGAGGAGCAGCGGCUGGAGCAGCAGGCCAAGCUCGAGUCGGAGAAGCUCAAAGUGCAGGCGCUGAAGGAGCGCGGCCUCGCCGUGCCGCGCGCCGACACCCUCGACGAGUACUAGCCGCUCCGGAUGGAACGCGGGCGGAUCCGCACAUCCCGGGGAUACCGGCACGGUGAGGAGUGUCGCCGCGCGCGAGCGCCGCUGAGCCGAUGCUUCGCGUUUCGCUUCGCGAGGGCCUCGCUACGGACGAGCGAAUUGCGCCGUUGCCCUCGAAGGAACCGAAUGCUCUGGCGAGAGUGAGAUUUAUGUUGUUCGGGAAUCAAAGCCCCUUUUUGGUGUUUUUUUUUCCUUUUUUAUUUCCUUUUCAUAUGUGACUCUGGGCGAGCGCUCAUUCCGUGACCUGUAAAUAAAUCCUCAGUCUCCGCAGUGC